UCUCCAGAAGGGAGGUGGUUGGUAUCUUAAGUGGUGUUAGAAGAGCUACUUUGAUCAAAACCAGGUGUCUGUGUUGGGUGAAUUCCAACACGGGUCAAGCAACUGAUCACAAGAUGUUUUUGCGGGUUGUGUGCUAUCUUGUGGUUGUGUGGCUGAUUCCUGCCUCAUACGGUGCGUAUGCUUAAGAGAGCUGUCCAGAACUUCCCCCGGUGGGAAAUAGCAUAUUUGUUGCAAUGAAGGUGGAAGGACAAAUUCUGGGGACUUACCUUUGUAUCCAGGGCUACCACCUAGUAGGAGAGAAAACCUUUAUUUGCAAUGCGUCUGGGGAGUGGAAUACCACCACUCCCAUAUGCCAGUUGGGCCACUGUCCUGACCCUGUGCUGGUGAAUGGUGAACCCAGUUCCUUGGGUCCUGUGAAUGUGAAUGACAAAAUCACUUUUAAGUGCAAUGAGAACUAUAUCCUCAUGGGCAGCAACUGGAGUCAGUGCAUGGAGAGCCACACGUGGAUGCCUCCCUUGCCCAUCUGCAAAAGCAGAGACUGUGGCCCUCCUGGGAACCCAGCUCAUGGCUACUUUGAGGGAAGAGAUUUCAACUUAGGUUCGACCAUUACUUAUCACUGUGAAGAGAGGUACCAAUUAGUGGGCACACGAGACCAAAGGUGCAUUGAUGGGGAGUGGAGCAGUGCACUGCCAGUCUGUGAGUUGAUCCAAGAAGCUCCGAAACCAAUUCCACAGACUGAGUUUGAGAAGGUGCUUCUUGCCUUUCAGGAGAAUAAAGAACUUUGCAAAGCCAUACAGAACUUUAUGCAAAGACUAAAGGAAAAUGGCUUAACAGUGGAGGAACUAAAAUAUUCCCUGGAAAUGAAGAAAGUUCAAUUGCAGGCAAAAAAUGGUGCCCUGACAUUGUAGCUGAGCAGACUGGGUAAUAGAAAACCAUCUAUGAAUAAAUUUUCCUCUUGGUUCUGAAA